AUGUUCAGUGCAUUUGAGGCUGGCAAGGAUAGAAUAGUCUCGCAAGAUGUGCAGUCGCCUUCCAACUACUACGUAGCGGGCAGGUACCGAGCGCACGCCUUGCCAGCCUCGCCGCUCACUUCACAAUCACGUCGUCGCCUGGGCAGCGUAUCUCGGCGUCUCUCACACGUUGCCCCCGAGGAUGUUCCGGAGGACGAUGAAAGGACAUGGCUGCUCGUGGGCCUCCGUCCAGGACCUCAACAAGUCCAUAGAUGGCUCAAUGCCUGGUGGAGACGAUGGGCUAUCCUCGUACUUGUGCCUUGCCUGAUUAUCUGGAUAUGGUGUGCACUGCCCUUUCCGGUCUCGGAUCCCUACGGCACAAGCAAGGUCAAUGACCAGCAGGCAGCUCAAGACGAGGACGAUUUACCGGUCGACGUCAACUUUUACUUCUUCCUCCUAAUCUACUUUGGCCUCUAUCAGGCUGGCGCACUCGUGUGGAUCACGUCGCUAUUCGGACUGUACCGGCUCAACUGGUGGCCUCAGAGACUGGGCGGCAAGAUUUCAUAUGCGUUCAUGUGGAUGAGCGCGCUCGCCGUUGGCUUGUUGCUCCAUCAUCUCGACGCUUUCGGUAUCAGGCGCCGCCAGGACGAGCAGAGACCGAAAAAGGGACAUCACAAUCCCACAGAGGAUCCAGACUGGGGAAGGAAGACGCUCUGGGUCUCGCUCGCCUUUUUGACAAUGUCAAUGCCCGCACUAGCCUGCUUCAUCAAACUCAGAUCAGACCGACGUAUGUCGUAUCGUCACAGUCUGACGGACAUGCAGCGCACGUUCCUCGAGAGACAGCUGACGAGACGGAUCCCAAAGUCUUACAUACGCUUCCUCUGGUUUUGCCUGUCGCUCAUCGUCGCCCUCGUCUCGCUCAUUCUCGGACAAGGCUAUGCGACAGUAUUCCUCAAUACGCUGCCCCACCAGUCCCUAGACGGCGCAGCCUAUGUCUGGACGUGGAUUAUAACUGUCCAGAUCCUUUCGAGUGCGGUUGGCUACAUCCUAGAGUAUCAGGUCAGAAGCAGAGCACUGCUUUUCGUCUUCCGAUACUACUUUCUUCUGGUCUACUACGUCUUCUACAGGACGUUAUUCGCUCGCCUGCGCUCGCCAGACCAGUAUGCGCUCAUUCAGCUACUGUCGUCGAUCUGGAUCAUCACAUUCUAUCCGAUUGCACUUUCCAAGCCAGCUUACCGUUCGCUGCAAUGGCUGGUAGGCUACGAACGCUCAUAUGAAGAGCAUCAGGAGAUCAUGGGACACUCGCUCUACCUUCGCAACUUGGCUGAGAAUGUGACAGCGCUCGGCUUCUUAGGCUGGCUGACGAUCCUGCACUUUGGUCCCAAUUCGGACGUGUAUCCAUUCUUUAAGUUCGACUCGUCUGAUAACGAUCCCUUCCAUUACACCUACAGCCUGACCGCAAUCGCUACAUUGCUAAUCUGGGCUACAGAGCUAGCGUCGUCUUUUGCGGCUAGACAGAUCUGUCGAUGGAUCUACGCGGUCGAUAUCACCAACAUGGGACUCAACUGCCUGCGGGAGUUUCCAGAGCUGACGAUCUGUCUUGUGUGGACGUCGGUGCAUGUCAUGUCGGACAUUCUCCUCUUCCUUGUCAAGCUCAAUUUUCGAUGA